UGUGCGGGCGUAAAAUUGACAUUUCGUCGUACAGCUCGAUUUUGCAGUGGGUUCGGCCGGAGCAGUGCAGAAAUUUGCGCUCGUCGCGGUGUUAUGGACUUGUAGCCGCGUUGAGUGAGCGCAGCAGCAACCAUGAGCGUCGGCGGCAGGAUGCAGAGCGGCCUGAGCAAGCUCAAGAAGAAGCACUUCAGGGUUAAGCACCAGAAAGUGAAGCUCUUCCGCGCCAGCGAGCCGCUGCUCUCCGUAUUCAUGUGGGGGGUCAACCACACGAUCAAUGAGCUUAGCCAUGUGAACAUCCCAGUGAUGCUGCUACCUGACGACUUCAAAGCCCACUCCAAACUGAAAGUGGACUACCACCUUUUCAACAAGGAAAAUAUGCCAAGCCACUUUAAGUUCAAAGAGUACUGUCCGCUGGUGUUUCGCAAUUUGAGAGAAAGAUUCGGCAUUGACGAUUUGGACUACAAGGAGUCUCUAACUAGAUCUCAACCCCUACCUGUAGAUUCGCCUGGCAAAAGCGGCGCCAAAUUCUAUCAGUCGUAUGACCGGCUGUUCAUAAUCAAGACGCUGACCAGUGAAGAAGUUGAGCGCAUGCACUCGUUCCUCAAAGACUAUCACCCAUAUAUAGUUGAGAGGCAUGGCAAAACUCUGCUGCCCCAGUACCUAGCCAUGUUCCGUCUGACGGUGGAUGGCGUCGAGCACUACUUUGUUGUGAUGAGAAAUGUUUUCAGCAACCAUCUUCGGACUCACAGGAAGUUUGAUCUAAAGGGAUCCACUGUAGACCGAGAGGCGUCCGACAAGGAGAAGGAAAAGGAUUUGCCGACUCUGAAGGACAAUGACUUUGUCAAGGAGGGCAUGAAGAUUUACAUUGGCGAGGAGGCCAAAGAAAAGCUUAUCGAAACCCUCAACGCUGAUGUUGGGUUCCUAACUAAGCUUCACCUGAUGGACUACUCGCUGCUGCUGGGCGUUCAUGAUGUUGCCAGGGCAGAGGAGGAAAGAGCCACUGGCCAGGACGAGGCCGACAACCAGUUGGAUGAUGACGAAGACUCCAGCGGCUCUGGUGUGGACCAGCGGUGGGGUGGAGGCGCCUCAGGUGGAAUCACCACGCCCCCAGACUCGCCACGGACCCUGGUCAGGGAGGCCUCCCUUCACGACGGCUGCAUCAUCCCCGAACUUGACAUUUACGCCAUCCCCUCUUCAGACGGAGUGGAGAGGAGAGAAAUCUACUUUUUAGCCAUCAUCGAUGUGUUGACCCACUACGGGGUCAAGAAGCAAGCGGCCAAGGCAGCCAAAACGGUCAAGUAUGGUUCAAAUGUGGAGGGCAUCUCAACGUGCGACCCUGAGCAGUACGGCCGCCGCUUCAUCGAGUUUCUCAGCAAAGCCAUUGAGUAGUCAGUCACUCUUUUUUUAUGCCACGCCCGCCCUCGUAGCGAACUUUCCUUUCGCAGAUCUUACUUUAAUUUAACACCCAAUACUUACUCACUGACAAAUGAAACAGAAAAAAACUAGGAACUAUCAUGGUUCGCUAUUGUGCAACCAGAAAAAUGCUAAACUCGAAACAACCCACCUCUUGUUCGAUGUAAGACAAUAUUUCCAAAAGGUAAAAAAUUGUAUUCAAUGUUGUUUAACAAGUACUUAAGCAGUUCAUUUUGGCGUCUAGCAGCUUGAGGGAAGCACAAACGUCUGUGAAAUCUUCUAUCUAACUAUCCUGUUUCUUCCGAAGCUCAAUGUUCUUAUCUUAACGCAAUUCUCUGGGUCUACGUGUGCGGUUGAUUGGUUUUAGCUAUCUUGAUCAUUUUUGCUGUGACCUUUGCAUUUUAAGGAUAAAAAGAAAAUUUUAUGUAAUGUAUAUCUUUGAGAGAGAAAAUAAGGAAAGGGAAUUUUUCCAUUAGUUUAUAAUCAGACCUGGAAUUCGAUACACAUGUGUGCUGCGAGCCAAGAUUCGGGUCGAUCGGUUCUCGCAGACUAUGAACGUUCGCAAGUGAGAGUCGGUCGUGCAUGUUUCCGUAACCCCGCCUGCUAUACUCCGCCUAAAUUAUAAUGAUAUACUCUAUUCAAGACGAGUCGCGUAGUCACUGAUAUCGACAUACUGCUGUUUAUCGCGCAUGAUAAGAAAACCGCUUUUCCAUUAUUUCCCAUCAAUUACGUCAACCGCUUGCCUUAAAAUCGACGAAGACUUAAAAAUUUAAUAUCAUAAAGACAUUUGGAAAUGAACUAUGAUUUUAACCCUUUUUGUAGAUUUUUAAUUACCAAUAUUUCUUUGCGAAGAACAAAGAAUUUAUGAUCUUUUCUUUAAACUUAAUGAACAAUCAAUUCUCAAAUAUAUCCUGACCAGUUUUUUACACUUCUUGCGGCUUCAUGUUCGUCCAUGCCCAUGCCAGGAUAAUGAAUAUAUUAUGUAACUUUGUCGGUAGAAACGCAGUAGUUGGACGCUUGUGUGCAUGCUCGUGAAACCGCGUUGAGAUUAUCAUAAAAUUUCUAGCAAAACACACACACACACAGCAAUAACAGCCCUAUGUUUUUGUGCAUUUUUCGAUGGAGCGACGCGCAUAUAUGGAUCGAUUCGAAAGUUUACUUUUGUAAAAAGAGAUUUAGGAAAGAAGGAUGUGUAUCAUACAACUAAAUAUAUUAUCCGUUGUUGAUGAUGAAAAUGAUUAAAUAUAACUCGCUGAAAUAUUAUAAUGUUUUAUGGAUCGUUUUUUCUGUGUAAAUAAGGGAAAUAAUCGUUCAUCGGCGUCUUUCGGCGCCGAUGAGUAAAAUUAACACACCCUUUCUUCGUGCAAGUUCUUUUUUACUUUCUAUGAUAUACACCGGUCGUUUUACCUGUAAUAAGGUAAUGUGAAAAAAUAAUAAUAUGUAUCUGUGCUUGUCGACAAAGAUGAAUCACACCCACUCACACUCUUGGAGGAAAUAAACUGAGCAAACAAGGCUUGUUAGUUUGUAAUUUGUACUAUGAUAAUGAGAAUCAGGAGAGGAAAAAUAUAAACUACAUGCUUAAUGGUACUAUAUGCGAAAAUCACACACGCAAGCAAAGAUGAUGAGAAAAGAAACAAUACUACAUAAAUAUUAUGCCGAGUCUAUUGUGUAAAAGACCAGUGGUUACAACUCUUAACCAUGAUGUAUGAUGGUCUCUGAUAUUAAAUAAAUCAGUUAAUUGAUUUCAUUUAA